UCUCCAUGUUCACAGCCCAGAACAGGCGGGAGAAGCGACAAAGAAACGGCGGCAUAAAACGGAGAACGUAGCGUCCGGUGGCCGUACUGCAAAGGUGACUGUGUAUUUAUCUGGUUUCAUUUCGGAGCGUGGUGCGCAAGACUAUAUCGAUCGGUUGGCCGUCGACGUGGUUAACGAAUUCCAAGGCAUGGCUUUGAUCUGGAUGUUCAUCGGCUUUCAAUAACUGAUGAGCGGUGACCAAAGUGCUGUCUGCUCCGUUUCUCGCCCCACAACCCGGUUAACGUGCAUGUCGAUGCAGGAGCCGGGUACCCUGCUUCUUCUCCCUUGCAAAGUCCGCUCCCAAAAUAUUUCCCGGUCUUUGUCCUCCCUGCCAGAGAGGCUGCACGGGCUCAAAUACCUUAAUGCUUGGUCCCUGCUUCGAGACAUUCUCCUCAGACAAUCCCCCCACCUCCAGGUCGACAUUCAGCAAGCGAGUGCUCCGUCAUCGAGGCGCAAGGCGAUCAUCUUUCUCCCUGUCGCACUCCCUCUCCCACCUGCCUGUGUCGGCGCAAAUUUCCGUACAUUCCAAACAAUCGGACUCCAGUUCUUCCACGUUGUCAGACGGAGAACGCUCGAGAACCGGCUCCCUGCAUUCCGCUCCUCUCCGUACAGCCCGCUCCCUCUCGGCUCGGAUCGUCCUGACCGUUGCACACCGCGAAUUUCAGCGCGCUGAAGCAUGCGCUAAAUCAUCCUCUCCUCUUCCCACAAAUUUGCCUGCCGCGCAAUUAUUCCCGCCGACGCGUCUCCUGCGUUCGACCGUUUCAGAAUGAAUUC